AUGCCUCGCAAGUUCUACAGCGAGACCAUCUCCUUGCUGCCGGUCCUAGUAGACGAAGCAGAAGAAUGGCAGAAAGCCUGGGAUAGACAUGCAGCUCAGUCGAAACGAGGCCGGCUGCGUCCCUUGGCCAUCCAUCUGCCUGCUUUACAUCUCUCGCGGGCAUUCCGGCAACCAAAGGGAUGGAAGAUGUAUCAGCAUUUCAUCGACUUCAGAGGGUUGUGGCCCGGUGAGGAAUUCAUCAUGUCGAAACCCAGCCUCAGACAGGAUGGGAUUUAUCAUUACCAUCACCCGAUUCCCGAUCCCUUGUACGUUCCAGCCGUUGGCAAGGUGCUGCUCUAUGUCACUCGGCCGAGGGUUUUGUCCGCACCGUCCGUCACGGCAUAUCUGUCGACCUGGUCUGCCAUUCCGCUGGAGAUUAGAUAUCUCAUUGUGCAGUGGUUGCGAGUGAGGGACGUCCUAAACAUGCUCCUCGCCUUUGGUGAGACCCUAUCUUAUUCUUAUUGGUUGCGACGGUUGCCCACAGAGCUCCUGUUUGGAGAAAUCCAGGAUCUGGCGACCACGGCGCCAGACACCGUCGACUGGCCAUAUCUGGCGGUCUUGAUCUUCGAACAAAGACGUGCUGGGGAAGUCUGCGGCGCUCUGGUUGAGAGCACGACUUCUCCCUCUCCUCAGGCAGGUGGUGCAGUCUGUUGAUGAGCAGGAAUAGAGGUCAUAUUGUGGGUGAUGUUUAGGUGAGAAGGGAAGUCUGGCGCUUUGAACAGGAGCCGGAACUGGUAACGCCCCUCAACAGCGCUGGACAAAAGCACCUGAUUAUAAUAACACUUUCAUGCUCUCACUUUCCCCCCACAACUUCUUCCUCUUCUACUCCCUCGUAACACAUGGCUUUGCUCAUCAAACCAUAUCAAUAUCCCACACCACAGCUGUGAUCUAGUACCCUAUCUUUAUGCUUUGACAGCAUAUCCUCCCCGCUCAAGAGCGAGAGGUUGGCACGGUAGGUACAAGGAAUGAAGAAACCCCAAGGGCUUACAGGAUAACAGUACAACGAACCUAGGAUAGGAGUUCACCUCGCC